UCCUUUUGCCCCUCUAUAAAAUUUAACAGCUUGUGAUUAUCUAUAACCUAGUCACUAACGUCCCGUCCCUUGUGCCAACUCCUUCACUGGGACUUAUUCCCUCUCGCAGCUACCAAGUUCAGUGCGCACACAAAUUCAAGGAGCUAGACAAAGCAGAAGUUAAUUGUUAUUGAAUGGUUCAGCUUGAGGUUGGUGGAGAGAUGGGGUAUACAAUGACCCAGCAGAGUUCUAUGAUUGGUGGUCAUAGUUUGCAUAGAUUUUCCAGACAUGAUCCCUGUUGUGCCACUGGCCGUAGCUCUAGUAUUAAAGUAUCCGUUGUUCACAUGAAUGGCUAUAGUGAGUGUAAUCGUUUAGGGUGGAUAGUACAAUUUGGGUCCAAAAGAAAGGUUUGCUUCUCACGGUUUGUAGGUUUGCAGAGAAGUAUUAGCCUUAGUAGUGUAGAUGUAGUUGAUCAGGAUGAAAUUGAAUGGACCUCUGAUGCAUAUGAAAUGAAUGUUGAGCAAAAAUCUGAACAGAAAAUGAAUAUGAAGAGGACUGGUGAACCUUCAACGAUGAAUUUGAACGGACGCUUUGUUCAAAACAAUGAGAAAACCAACAAUGAUAAUCUUCAGUAUUUUUGCAGCCGUGGAAAGGUAAUGGAAGCGUUAGGGUUGAUUGAUGUUAUGGCCCGUCUUAACCAAAUUCCAGACUUGCAGUGUUGUAUAAACUUAAUCCGGGGUCUUAUCAAAAUUGAUAAAGUAGACAAGGCUGCCAAGGUCCUGAAAAUCACCAUCAUGUCCGGUAGGAUUCUGGAUAUCAUUACAUACAACAUGAUGGUCAGUGCUCUCUGUAAGAGAAGGAUGUUCAAGUCUGCCAUUGAUCUCUUGGAAGACAUGAGCUUGAGUGGUUGCCCUCCAGAUGUUAUUACUUAUAAUACAAUAAUACGCUUCCUGUUUGAUAAUGGAAACUUUGAUCAGGCUAUUGGAUUUUGGAAGGACCAACUGAGAAAGGGAUGUCCUCCUUAUCUAGUUACCUACACAGUUCUCAUUAAGCUAGUUUGCAAGCACAUGGGAACUGUUAAAGCUAUGGAGGUACUAGAAGAAAUGGCAGUUGAGGGUUGUCACCCGGAUAUUGUUAUCUACAACUCACUAAUCAAUUUCACUUGUAAACGGGGAAACUUUAAGGAAACGAGUUCAAUUAUGCGUAAUCUUCUAUCUCGCAGAAUUGAGCCAACUGCUAUUACUUAUAAUACCCUUCUCCAUGCUCUUUGUGACCGUCGCUGCUGGGAUGAAGUUGAUGAGAUUCUGAACAUUAUGAACGAGAGUUCACAUCCCCCUACAGUUGUUACUUACAACAUCUUGAUUAAUGCUUUGUGUAAAUUCGGGAUCAUGGAUCGUGCCAUUAACUUUUUUGCUCAAAUGGUCUCUCAGAAUUGUUCUCCAGACAUUAUAACAUAUAAUACACUCCUAGGCCCUCUCUGCAAAGAAGGAAUGAUGGAUGAGGCCCUCCAACUACUUGAUUUUCUAAGUGGCACCAGCUGUUCUCCUGACCUUAUCACUUACAAUAUUGUGAUUGAUAAAUUGGCUAUGCUGGGUUAUAUGGAGAAAGCCAUGGGACUGUAUAAUCAAAUGAUGGAAAAUGGAAUUGUUCCUGAUGAAAUUACCAACCAGUCCUUGAUUUUCGGAUUCUGCAGGGCUGAUCUAGUUGAGGAAGCUGCAGUGGUGCUGAUGGAGAUGACUAAGAGAGGCCACAGGGUGAGAACUAUCUCUUACAGAACAGUGAUUAAUUGUUUAUGCAAAGAUAACAAGGUGGAUACUUCAAUACAAAUUUUGGAAAUGAUGAUAUCAAGGCGAUGCAUCCCAGACGAGUCGAUCUACACAACUAUCAUUAAAGCUAUAGCCGCUGCUGGUAUGUCGGAAGAAGCUGGUGAACUGCGUAAAAAGUUGACUGGACUGAAGGUUCUUAGAUAGGAUUUCAUCUUACUCAUGUUGGAAUAAACUGAGUUUUGUGAAAAGCUGCCAUCUUGGUCAAUAAAUAGUUUCACUUUCUUAGGUGAAGUUUUGUAUUAUAAUGUCGAUUUAGUUUGUUUGGAGGAUUAGUGGUUGAGCAUAGUCAUAUUUUUGUAGUUUUUCCCCCUUGAAGGAUAAAUUAUAUUGAAAAGAGUUUAUUAUUAUUAUUUUUUCUGGAAAA